UGAGCAGUCGAGAGCAAGUUUUAGUUCGAAUCGGAUGUGUAGUUGCAUUGUCAAUUAGUACGAGUUGAAUACUAUUGGCAAUUCAAGCGGCUGGCUGUGCAAACGAGUUUCAUUGUUUCAUAGCAAAGCUUUUAAACUAACGCCAGCAAAAUCGUAAUACUAUAAUUAGUUACUGAAGAUGACACCCAUCUCGUUGUUGUUCGUUGUCGUUGUUUUUUCGCUGGCAACUCUGUGGCAAUUACUCCUUGCUGCACCCAAUCCAGAUAGUCGAGCAGCACAGACACACUAUGGCAACUGUUACACCGCAGACUUUGGGCAUGGUCGCUGUCUCUUGCGCAGCAACUGUGAUUUCUACGAUACGAAUGUUCUGGAUGCAACGAGCAAGCGGCAUUGCAACUCACAACAGAGACCCAAUUUGGUCUGCUGUCCACGCGAAAAGAAUGCGUUGCCUCUGGUCGCACCGCGUAUCGAUAACAACACAAAGCUAAGCACAAGUGAAGUAACUGCUGCUGCCUCCCAUGUGGCAGGCAAUUUCAACGGCGAUCAGCUGCCCAAGCAUCCGAACUGUGGCACAUCGUUUGCCUUUAAGGUGUACGGCGGCAACAACACCGGCCUUAAUGAAUUCCCCUGGACAACGUUGCUAGAGUACACGGUACAGGCAACGGGUCAAACGCAGCGUAUUUGUGGCGCCUCCUUUAUUGCCGGACGCUGGCUGCUCACAGCGGCCCAUUGUGUGCAUCAAAGUUUUCUGGGCAGUGGCCGCAAGUUAAGCGGCGCUAGGCUCGGUGAAUGGAAUCAGACAAGCAAUCCGGAUUGCAUCACGAAUUGGAAUGGCAGACGGGAAUGUGCACCACCGUUUAUUCAGGCCAGCUUUGAUCGCACAAUUAUCCAUCCACAAUUCGAGCUCGAGAACUGGACCAAUGACAUUGCUCUGCUGCGGCUCACCAGCGCCGUCGAUUGGAGUCAGCAUCACCCCUUGGAGCCUGUCUGCCUGCCGCCGUCGUCAGGAGCUGGCGGAGCAGCUGGCAGUGAUCAACUUGAGGGCAGUGCCGUUGAUGUCUCGGGCUGGGGUCUCACUGAGAAAAACAACGAGCCGAGCGCGGUUAAACGCAAAGCGGUGCUUCUCGUGCAGUCGCAAAGUCAAUGCCAGGCCACAUAUAGGAAUGAGGGUUAUUCUAUCAUUGAUAGUCAGAUUUGCGCUAGUGGCGGUCGUAAUGUCGACUCGUGUUCCGGUGAUUCCGGUGGUCCGCUCACUCUCGAGACUUAUACGGCCGAUAGGAAUCUUUAUGUGUAUCAGGCUGGCAUCGUGUCGUAUGGCAAAAAGCGUUGCGGCCAAGCGAAUUUUCCGGGUGUUUACACCAGAGUCAGCAGCUUUAUGGACUGGAUUGAGCAGACCAUACGCAACAACAGUGAUGGGUAGUGACGUCUGAGCGGUGACAUUUAGUGACGGCAUUGUGUCAGUCUCUGUCUGGGACUUCACCGAGAGUUGUGUGUGUCCAUAGUUCAGCGUAAUCGUUGUGAGGUUUUUCCUUUUUCUUCUGUUGUUAUAUUCCCCCGCUGUCCAUUGACGUCACUGUCACUGUAUGUGUGUUGUCUUGUCUUGUCUUGUCUUGUCUUGGUCAUGAUAUCCGUACAAUUAGGUAACCAUGUUGUGCAGCUUAGGAAUCUAAGACACAAUCAAAUAUGAUUAAAUGUAAAUUCGAAUUUAUAGCUAGCACUUGUUAUCGUACCUUCAUUUACACAGUAGUAGUAGGCAGCUAGAUAGAGAAAAUGAUCGUCAAAUAAGUACUAAAUUAAGUAAAGUACAUUUUUAUGUUUACUUAUUAUUGAGUGCAAAGAGUGCGAAAAGUUCCAUGUUCUAUAUUUGUCGCUUGCAUAAUUUAAUCGCAUCUAUACGGUUUUACGACCAGUGUAAAGAGCAGAGGAAAACAUUUUCUAUACUUGUUGAUUACGCAGAGAGCACAGAGCAUUGUAUAGUCGAGUACUUUUGUUUUCAAUAUGUAAUUUUAAUUUUUACUAUGUGCAGCUUGUUUACGACAAUAUUUCUUUUCUAUUUAUGUAUUUACUAUAUUUUUUUUUUGUGUUUUUCUAUUGUAAAGAUUAGACGUCAUAAAUUUGCAUA